AUGCUUCGACAGAGCAAACUAUCUGGCUUCCACAUCCCGUCAGCCCCAGAUUGGCUAAUUGUCACACUAUUCGCUGAUGACACAAUGGUGUACCUAUCAGAAUAUGACCACUUCUCUGACCUAUCGGCCAUACUAGACACAUGGUGCGUGGCCUCCGGGGCCCGUUUCAAUGUAAGCAAAACCGAAAUCAUUCCAAUUGGUACUACUUGCUACCAAUCAGCUGUAAUAGCCUCACGCUUACUCCAGCCCGGUCAACCAGCCCUUCUAAUGGCAAAUAUCCCUGAUAAUGUCCACAUUGCAGCUGAUGGUAAUGCCGUCUGCCUUCUUGGCGCAUACAUAGGCAACCGGACCACCUCCUUCAUAGUAUGGGGGCCCUGCAUUAACAAAAUAUGCGACGGCCUACAUCGAUGGGGCUAA